GAGCCGGGGCAGCAGCACUCGGCCCGCCGCGCGCGCUCCCCUUCCCCGCGCGAGCUCCCGCCGCGGCGUCCGCCGCAGGCCGAGGGCCGCCACCCGCCGAGGACCGGGCAGGAGCGCGCGGCCGCCGAGCCGGGCAGCGCUGGGGCCGGCGCCUUUUGUCCCUGGAGGUCCCUGGAAGUUUGCGGCGGGACGCGCGCGGGGAGGCGGCCGAGGCAGCCCCGACGUCGCGGGAGCCAGUGCGCCGAGCCAGCAUGGGCAGCGGGCGCGGCGCUGGGGGCCGCCGCUGGGCCGCCCCGGGCGUGCUGCUGGCGCUGGCCGCCGGGCUCCUGGCCGCGGGCUCCGCCAGCGAGUACGACUACGUGAGCUUCCAGUCGGACAUCGGCUCCUACCAGAGCGGGCGCUUCUACACCAAGCCGCCGCAGUGCGUGGACAUCCCGGUGGACCUGCGGCUGUGCCACAACGUGGGCUACAAGAAGAUGGUGCUGCCCAACCUGCUGGAGCACGAGACCAUGGCCGAGGUGAAGCAGCAAGCCAGCAGCUGGGUGCCCCUGCUCAACAAGAACUGCCACAUCGGCACCCAGGUCUUCCUCUGCUCGCUCUUCGCGCCCGUCUGCCUCGACCGGCCCAUCUACCCGUGCCGCUGGCUCUGCGAAGCCGUGCGCGACUCGUGCGAGCCCGUCAUGCAGUUCUUCGGCUUCUACUGGCCUGAGAUGCUCAAGUGUGACAAGUUCCCCGAGGGCGACGUCUGCAUCGCCAUGACCCCGCCCAAUGCCACCGAAGCCUCCAAGCCCCAAGGCACAACCGUGUGUCCUCCGUGUGACAACGAGUUGAAAUCUGAAGCCAUAAUUGAACAUCUCUGUGCGAGCGAGUUUGCGCUGAGGAUGAAAAUAAAAGAAGUGAAAAAAGAAAAUGGCGACAAAAAGAUUGUCCCCAAGAAGAAGAAGCCUCUGAAGCUGGGACCCAUCAAGAAGAAGGAACUGAAGAAGCUUGUCCUAUACCUGAAGAAUGGGGCUGACUGCCCCUGCCACCAGCUGGACAACCUGAGCCACCAUUUUCUCAUCAUGGGCCGGAAGGUGAAGAGCCAGUACUUGCUGACGGCAAUCCACAAGUGGGACAAGAAAAACAAGGAAUUCAAAAACUUCAUGAAGAAAAUGAAAAAUCAUGAAUGCCCCACUUUUCAAUCAGUCUUUAAGUGAU